AUGGCAUCAGCACAGUUUGUCUUCUAUCUGACAUGUUUGUUCUUGGGGGAAAUGGCUCACACAAAUGACCUCAAAUUCUCCUUGUCUCUUCAUCAAGAAAGACAUUUUGUAUCAGCUAAUACUGGGGACGAUGUGACUCUGCGCUGUUUCUAUGAAGGUGAAGCUGCAAGACUUUACUGGUACAAACAAACUCUGGGACAAAAACCAAGGCUCAUCUCUACCUACUACAGAUAUGAGGGAAAUGGCAUAUUUUAUAAUGAAUUCAAAAGUAAUCCACGCUUUACGUUAGUUACUGGCAUCAGUAAAAAUCACUUGAAAAUAACAGAUCUGCGUGUCUCAGAUUCAGCUACUUACUACUGCGCAACAAGCUUUACUUUUAUUUUAGAGUUUACCAAAGAAACAUAUCUCAAUGUAAAAGGUUCCAGUUUGGACAUCCAGACUUUUGUCCUACAAUCACUAUCUGAGACCAUCCAGCCAGGAGGCUCUGUGACUCUGAACUGUACAGUCCGUACUGGGACCUGUGAUGAAGACCACAAGGUUUACUGGUUCAAAGACUCCGAAGACUCUCAUCCAGGGCUCAUAUACACCCAUGGAGGCAGGAAUGAUGAGUGCAAGAAGAAAUCAGAGGCACAAGCACACACCUGUGUGUACAGCCUGCCAAUGAAGAACUUGAAUGUCUCUCAUGUUGGGUCCUACUACUGUGCUGUUGCUUUAUGUGGACGCUUACUGUUUGGUAAUGGGACCAAGCUGAAUGUUGAGGGUAAGUAA